AAGUUUUUUAUUCGUCUACUACUUUUGGUCACACCGGUGCAUUGAAAAUGGAUGAGGAACUGAAAAAAAUAAACAACAAUUUAAGCGAUGCCUUAUCCAAAUUGCUUAAGCCCAAUGACAAAUAUACAGGCGGAGUUUUGCAGCAACGCAAAGAGAAAAUAGCGAAGCUAAUCCGGCUGCAUGUGCGACACUUGCAGCACACAGUUAUUGUGCAUCGCAGACGUCGUCAGCAACGUUCACGACGUCGACUCCAAAAUCUGCGCUCUUUCUUCAUGCAACAAAUGAUGCAGCUGCAGUCCAAUUAUAUGCAAAUGUUUGUAAUGCUACGCAUGAAGCACAACCAGUUGCAGAACGAAGAGGAAAUGGAGACGGAAAUAGAGAACAGCAACUCUGGUGUUGCUUCUGCCAAGCUGGAGACGAACUCCGAUGCCCCGACGCUGUUUUGGGAGCACGCAGUACCAAAAUACAGUGAUGAACAGUUUCUCGACAGUUUCCAUGUGACACGCAGCACAUUCCAGUCUCUCUGCGGCCAACUGGCACCCACACUGCGCUCAGUGCCAGAGCUAAGAUCCCAAUUGGAAGUCAUUACGCCAGACAAAUGUGUGGGUCUUUCGCUCUUCUUCUUGGCCAGCGGGGAGCGCAUUUCAAUUAUUUCGGAGCAAUUUGCACUGCCACGCACCCGUACCAUCAAAUGCCUGAAAGUAUUCUGCAAUGCCGUGAUGACCAGCCUAGGCAAGGCGCUGCGCCUGCUGCCACAAAGCGAGGCGGAUUGCGCAAAUGUUGUGGCUGGCUUUAAGAGAGAAUGCAACAUGCCUGCAGCUCUGCUUGGCGUGCUGGGCGUCUGCUCCAUUCCGCUGCGUGGCAAAGGAAAACAGACUGAGCUGAGCUCUGCAUUACGCAUGGAGUUUCUUCUGGAUGAUCGCAUGCUUUUCCGUGAGCUGCGCCUGGGUAACGGCAAUGGUAACAAGGCGCCUCUGCCGCCCAUGUUUGCCGAGGCACCGAAUUCUCUGACUCAGUUGCCAGCAUAUCGCAUCAAUCAGCGCUCAGUGCCUGCGUUUGUGCUGGCGCCCGCAAAUCAAAACUAUCCGCUGCGCCCCUGGCUGCUGCAGCGCUAUACCGAGCCGGUGGCACCACACGAAUACGACUUUAACGAAGUGGCUGAUCAUCUCCAGGAGCUAAGCGACUGCGCCAUGCAUCGCCUUAUAUCCCGCUGGCGCUUCCUUAGUCAACCGCUGGAUAUCAGUUUUCAGACCGCCUCCUGCAUAAUCACAGCUGCAACCGUCUUACACAAUCUGCUCGAAGAGCUGAGCGAGCCACAUAUUCUCGAAUGGGGCAACACGGUAAAUGUAUCGAAAUUCAAAUCACCGCCAAUCGAGUCGAAAAUGGAUAAUUCUGAGCAAGUGGAGCUUGCCCUCGACGUGCGGGACUUCCUGGCCAGGACAAUCAGUUCCACAGAAAUGUAAAUUAAGACUAAUUUAAUUUUAAAUAUAUACCAACGCUUUAAGCUUGGGCUUACUAUACAUGGUCGACCUAUUCCCUUUC